ACGUUCGUUUGCGGCGGCAAGUUCAAAAUACUCUCGAUUCUCGGGCCGCGUUGACGACAAUGUGCCAAGUGCCUGCUCGGCCAUAUCCAAACCGAGACUCCGUACAAGCAAUCAUAGCACGUAUAUAAUGAAUUCGGCAUUUGUUUUGUUGUUUUUAAUCACUGGGCAAUUACUACUGACCAGCAAUGGAGUUUUGGGCAGUUGCUCUUUUGGUGCUGGAAUGCGCAUCGAAGGGGAUCAGUUGUUGCUGAAGGAUGUGCAGCAUUCGCGUCCUGCCGACACCACUGAAUCGGCGAAUGUUGUUUUCAAAUAUAAUAUAGAAGAACCGAUAACCUACAUUGAAAUUGCAUCGGAGGAAAAUAUUUCAGCCGAAGUGCAAUUCAGCUAUUCUGAUACUUUGAUCGUAGGCAAGGUUCGCCUUGUUUAUACAUUUGAGAAUGAGUCUUCCACCAUUGACGAUGAUGAGAGCGGUGAGAAUUUCCCAGAUGAAUUCGAUGUGAUUAUCAGAAUCUUUGGCUACAAUGACACAAUGUUGAAUUUGAACCCGGCGCUACUGCUCAAUCGCGGUACACAGUAUGUUGGUCAAAUGAUACCCUACUAUAACUUGGAGAAACUGAUAAAGGAGACUACUGAGGGCUACGAUGAGUUCAUCAAUAGCACGGACUAUGAAGUUAAAGACAAGACCAUUGAAAUUGGAGAACGACAAGCGGGUGAUGAUUUAAUUUAUGAAACGUAUCAGACAUCGCCGGAUACAACCAAGAUGCCGUCUAAUCACACACUCGUCUUCUACUACAUUGACAGCACUUACAUAACCUAUGUCAAGUUCGUCAUCUUUGAUCAUUUUUCGGAUAAGGUGAGCACUGCUGAAAACUACAAAGCGCCUGUGGCCGAGUACUCUCAUUACUCGCCCGGUAGCUUGAAGGCCACCAUAACGGACUUCAAUAUCACAUCCAUGUUUGCGCAAAUGUUUAUCUACGGUUACCGUGGUCGCGAUUCCGUUCCUCCGGACUACAAACCGUUCCUACCGCCACCGCAUUAUCAUCGAAUGUCGAACAAUGAUGUGACCACUUCGUCAUUGAUACAUGACAUACAACUGUCACUACUCAGGGGUGGUCUGUCAACACAAUCCCCUGAUGAUUAUGAUGAUGCUGAUGAUGCUGAUGAAGACGAUAUGGUGGAGCAUAGUAUACGACCCGAGGAUAUGGUGCCUGAUCAUGUACCAGAGGCCAGGAGUAUACCAAAUGCUGCACUUGUCCAACAGGGAUCGACGGGGCAGCGACUGUAUGCCAUGCUGGGGCUGAUGCUAUUUGCUGUUGCAUAAUUGGACCCUCGAGUCAGGGCUACACACAUUAGUUAACCAUUGAAAAAGCUUUAUGAGUAGAGUUUAGUGCAACAUUUAUAACAUUGUAAUAUUUAACCAAAUAAACCUAUUAAACCUUUAG